GUCUGCCUCCUGCUACAGUGUUAGUCCAUCACAUUUAAAUGAGCGGUUCAUGAGAAGUUAAUCUGACAUCAAACCGGUGUGUGACACAGUGAAGAUUAGGGACCGCUGAUCUAAAUCACCUGAGUUUCUUGAGAAACUUCCUUUUUCUGCUUUACUUCCUUCACAGUCACAAAUAAAAGGUUUCCAAGUUCUCUUUUUUCAGAACAUUUGAAGAAAUCUGUGAAGCAACAAAGAUAGAACAGAACUCAGUUUGAAGAUGAUGUUUCUGCCUCUGGGGUGUUUUCUGCCCCGCACAGCCUUCCUCCUCCUCCUCCUCCUCUUCUUCUUUUCGUCUUUCAGGCCCACACAAACUGAAGUGGUGAGGUCCAUUUUGAACUGUGCCGACUUCCUUUUGAACCAAAGUCCUCCUCAAAUUCCAAACAUCCUGGAGGACGGGAAGAUCCUGGACCAGAACCGAUACAAGCCCAUCUGCCAGACCUACAGGAACACCAGAACCUUUCUGACGAUUUAUGACACCACAGAAAGGAUCCCUGUGUUUUCUGCUAUCAGGUUUGUUCAAGACCAAAACCCUGAAGGAAGACCCAAAAACAACUGGAUGAUUGAACCUCAGCUUGAAAAUAAAUCUCCUAACAAGAACAUGAGAAGGGACUAUAAGAAACAAGGAGCCUACAAAGACCAAGCGUCAAAUUUUGAUUACAAAAGCAGUGCAAUAUAUGACAGAGGUCAUUUAUGUCCACGCUCCUAUGGCUCCACCCCAACGGCCAAAAACUCCACCUUCACCCUGACCAACAUUGUUCCACAAGUGAAAUCGUUCAACGGUGGAAGCUGGGAGAAGAUGGAGACCUGCGUUAAAUGUUUCAUGGAAAAGUUCUGCAAAAACAGCAAUGGUGUUACUGAAGGCUACGUGGUGACUGGAGCACAGAGCGGUGACAAAUAUCUCAAUAACCGGGUCAACAUUCCCUCCCUCAUGUGGUCGGCGUUCUGUUGCUAUAGUGAUGACCAAAAGGCGUGGUUAGCAAGUGCGCACUGGGGUGAGAACGUUCCUGAUGAGCCCAAAGACAAAUAUCUGCCGACAAAGAGUCUGAACGAUCUCAACGAGGCUAUGGACAAGCUCUACAAGGAUCCGAAGGAAAAAACCUUCAGCGUCUUUCCUGGAACAAAGUGUCCUCCAGAAAUGAAUGUCGCCAUGUCUUACCCAAAGUUAGACAAGUCCUGCAAAUGCCCCCCGCCUACCUUUAAGCAUAGGCAGACCAAGUAGAUGGUCUACAAUAUUUUUUAUCUUUGGUUAAAAAAAAAGGGAAAGCUUUUUCUUGGGUUUUUAUACUAAUUAACUACGACAACUCACAACCAAAACAUAAAACUGAUCAAAUGUACAGUAAAAAGCUGUUUUCUACUUCUGUGAAGCGUCCGGACAAACCAAAAUAAUAAAUAAUUACAUAAUCAUUGCAGGACCUGAAAUGAACAGUAAAUACUUGGUGUUGGGCUGUCAGAGCUACAAUCAUUCAGCUUCUGAACUGUGAGUGAUUGGAGAACACAAAAAUAAAUAGUAAGAACCGGAGAAUCCGGAUGCAAAAUAUGAUCAUAAACACAUCUAUAAGUCAAAUGUCAGAAGUCAGAACUCUGGCUCCCCCUCUGGUCAUCGGCAGGAACCGUCUUCAGAGUACUUCCUCUCCCAGCAACCCCAGCGCACACUUCCUGGAUGCCGCACACCUGACUGUCAAUCAUCAAUCAACCACAGUCUACUUAAGCUCUGCACUGAGCCUCACUCAGUGUGAAGUAUUGUUUGUGUUACUCUGCCUUCAUUAGCGAGUGUCAUAUUUGAAUCUGAUCUUCUGUUUGCCUGCCCCGUCUCUCUUCUGAUGAUCUCAUGCCUGUUAUUGACCCUGAAUUAGCUUCGUUGACCUUUAGCUGACCUAAUAAACCUGCUGCAUUUGGAUCCA